CAGCCAUACAGUGGGAGGAGCCAAACACAUACUUCCUCUGUGAUGCAUUCGGUUUUGUUUUCACUCAUGUCUCGGUAAACGCCCAGUGGUUUUCUAAAUGUAACGCAUGUAGAAUGUAAAACUUCUGCUGAACGUUUACAAUGUUCAGAUGCUUCAAUCUUCUUCUGCUGCUGUUUUGUCAGGUUUAUCACAGCGAAACCUCCUCUAUAUCUGUGUCUGGAAAAAAGAGAGGAAACAUCAGACUCAGAUGUGAACAUGAGGACGAUAAUAUUGUUUACAUUGAGUUAUUCAGUGAGUCAGGAAUCAUAUCUGUGUGUGAGACUGAAGAAUGUAGAGGACGAGUGUUUAAAGAAGGAAACUGUGACGUCGUCAUCAAGAAUCUGAUCUUCAGUGACGCUGGGAAAUACUCUUUGAGAAUCAUUUACAAUAAUGAUCAGACAGAGCUGAAGCCAAAAAAGGAGUGGAAGUUCGAUCUUCAUAUUCAUGAUGAGAUUUCUGUGAAAACAGGCGAGGAGCUAAAGAUGUCUGUUCUGGUGUCUAAUGCUGAUAAAGUGAAGACAAACUCUAGUGGAGAGUGGAAGGAGGUUUGGACGAGAGAUCACGGGGUUCAGAGCGACCGAAUGAAUGAUGAUAAUGAUGGAAACCUGACCAUUAAAUCAUUUCUGGACAGUGAUGCAGGAACAUACAGAGUUCUGGACACUGAAGGAGAAAUCUUGAUCACAGUCACAGCAUCUGGUACAGAAUCACCGGAAACACACAAAAAUGACACUGGACAACACAAGAACUGGAUUGUGUCAGUUGUCGUGUGUUUGGUGAUUCUGGUUGUGGCUGUGAUUGUGAUUUCUGUCAUCAUAUGGAGACGUCAGCACAGAGAUCACACACAGGUUCAGGAGAAUACAGAGAACACACAGGAACUGGAGAAACUAUAAUGAUCUUCACUGAACACCUGAGAUCCACUGGUUACUUGUGAUGUGUCUUCAGUGCCGAGACGACUCUGUCACAUAUAACAGCUGCCGGAGAGAUAUGUGUGGUUAAAAAUAUAUGAUGUGUGAGCUGACAUUAUUAAGAGAUGAAGUCUAGUAGAAAGCAGUUAGUAUUAUCUGAGAUCAUCAGAGAUAAAGAUGAUCAGCUUCAUGUUGAUUAGCACUGAUCGUUCACUCUGAGAUCAGCAGAAUAUGAUCCUCACAGUAUAACAGAGGAACUGAUCUCCUGGGGCCCGUUCUUGGUACGUCGCUAACUCAGUUAGCUGGAUUUGAUUGUUGAUGAUUUGAUCUUGGAUCAUUUGGUUCUUCGAAGCUCAUCCCAGAGCUGCUGUCAUAGCAACAGGUCCGUUAGCUUAAACCUGCUCGGGAGCAGCUUAUUUCAUGUAAACAGGAUUAGAUCGCUUCUGUUCAACAAGAACUGAUACUCAAAAUAUGUCUGCCACCACCGCAAGAGUAUCGUACUGAUCCAGGGACAAUAAUUUAAAAUAAUAUUACGCAACCCACAUCCAGUGGUAAAUAUAUUCAAUUCCAAACAUCAUGAAAUUAACACAUCAACCUCAAAUAGAUAUUAUUUUAACAUGGUCUAAAAGGAUCUGUUUUUAUAAUCUCACUCCAGAUGCAUCAUUGCGAGGGUCUUUUAAUGUGUUAAGAGUUCAGAAGGGAGAAACAAUCAGUCUGAACUGCAGCAUGACAAAACGAUAUGAAAUCGCCUGGUAUCACCUCAGAUCUGAAGGACUCAUUCUACUCUUUUCUGGUGGCAAGAGAAAGGCCAUUAUAUAUAUUUUCUUGAUAUUUCAGUGUAUAUGUGUGUGUAUAUAUAAUUGGAUUUCAGAGUACAUUUUUAAGUCACAAAAAUACAAAAGUUUGGAUGCAGUGAAUUGUUUUCUUGAUCUGAAAAACAAAUUAUAAAAACGCUCAAAUAUCAUUAUGCAAAAUCUCUGUUGCAUAAAGAACAAAAAGUCACAGAAGCUCAUCUUAACUCACUCUUCCAUGUACAACUAAAACAACUUUGUAUUUGUGUGUGUUUAAUAAUUUGUUCAUAUAUUUAUAGGUCUUUCUGUAACAGAAGUGCCAAAAGAGGUUGAUGUCAUAGAUGGAGUGACUACGAAAGAGAGGGCGUUGAUGUUUGGUGGUGUUGGUCUGGCAAUUGCUGUGUUUUUUCUGGCUACAAUCAUUGCAGGAGGAAUCAUUCACUAUCACGGCUGGCAGAAAGGAUGGAGCGCAGCCAAACGCUCAUCUCUGAUUCGUCACAAUUCAGCUAAAUGACACAUUUGUAUGCUUUAUUUUCCUGUCUGAGCUUUGCACUGCAAGCUAAACCAGAAAUACUAUACUACAAACUAAAAUAAAUGUCUAAAUGCUUUUCCUGUUGGCCAGAUCAAAUUUUACAUUGUUUUGACAAAUGUCACCUUUUUCGGACACAAAAUCAGAUCGUGCUAUUUCUCUUAAAACACAACUGACUUCAAACUUUCAGAGAAAUGGGCUUCAACCCUUUGCAAUGAACAACAAGCUGAGAUUAAGAAAAAGUCCCUUACGAAAAAGAAGUUUAUUCAAAUGUGCUAUUAGUAUACUUCUUUUAAACUUAAAAUAGGAAAGUAUGCUUUUCGUUUACUUGUAUGUACAUCUCAGAAAUUGGCUUUAUGUACUCCUCAUAAAUAUACUUAAAGUGACAUUUAAGUAUGAUUGACUUACAUUUCAAAUUUGUGUAAGAACAUUUGAGUUAUACUCCUAGAAUCUGUGUUUUCAUUAUUAUACAGUAGAGGGCGCUAGUACACAUCUUCUUCACAGAAUCCCCCCCCCCCC